CUCUAUCAAAACAAUCAAAAAGACAUUUUGUCCCUCGCACACAAACUUCCAUCGAAAAGUAGUAAUCCAAACGACACAGAGGGACCCACUCACAAUGAGCCAACAUCUACGCCUGUAUUCCAACAAAACCAUGAAUCUAAUGGUCUUGUUUCUUGCUCUUUUGCCUACAAUGGUAACAGCAGAUUGCAAGGUGGAGGAUGACAGCGCCACCACCACCACCACCACAAGCGGCAGCAGUCAUGAGUCCCUUAAAUACAAAAUAGCUGCUAUGCUCACCAUCCUUUUUGCUGGUGGAAUUGGUGUGAGCAUCCCUCAGCUUGGUAAGAGAGUGGAAGCGCUGAACCCAGAUAAUGACAUAUUUUUCAUGAUCAAGGCCUUUGCUGCUGGCGUGAUCCUAGCCACCGGCUUUAUCCACAUCCUACCGGAUGCAUUUCAACAUCUAACCUCACCAUGCCUUCCUGAGAAUCCAUGGGGUAAGUUCCCUUUUGCCGGUUUUGUUGCAAUGACUUCUGCCAUCGGGGCCCUUAUGGUGGACACCUAUGCAACCAGCUUUUAUAGAAAGAUGCACUUCAAAAAGCAAAAGGCACAGCAGGUGGUAGACGUUGAGUCCGGGAGUAGUAUCGCUGUUAUGGAUGACCAUGCGGGUCAUGUUCAUGUCCACGCACAUGCCACAGAUGGCCAUGCUCAUGGCUCCGUUCAUGAAUCAGAACUCAUCAGGCAUCGUAUCAUAUCGCAAGUGUUGGAGCUGGGAAUCAUAGUUCACUCGGUAAUUAUUGGACUCUCGUUAGGGGCUUCCCAAAAUAUCUCGACCAUAAAGUCUCUACUUGCAGCCUUGUCUUUUCAUCAGUUCUUUGAAGGCAUGGGACUUGGUGGAUGCAUCUCUCAGGCAAAAUAUAAAUCUUUGUCAACAGCGAUGAUGGCAAUAUUUUUCUCCCUGACGACACCGAUAGGAAUAGCAGUAGGUGUUGGAAUAUCAAAUAUUUACAAACAAGACAGCACUAAAUCCCUGAUAGUGGAAGGAAUCUUGAACUCUGGCUCGGGUGGAAUACUGAUUUACAUGGCACUGGUUGACCUUCUGGCUGCCGAUUUUAUGAACCCAAGGAUGCAAAGCAAUUCAAGGCUUCAGUUCGGAGCAAAUGUGUCACUUCUUCUAGGGGCUGGAUGCAUGUCUUUCUUGGCCAUAUGGGCUUAAUGAUAGAAAUCAUCAUUAUUUUACUAGUAGGUUCCUGAGUAUUUAAUUUCGAGGAAGCUUUUUAUAAAUCAAUCAAAAUUCAACAAGAGAUUAAUGCCCGAUAAAAGAAAUCAACUUUACGACUCCACUACCCAAUAGCUACAACAAGCCUCAUAAAGUUUCAUUUACUUUUUAGUUAACAGAUGUAUAAAAAAUUGCAAGUUGAUCCAACAUUCUAAUCACUUGCUUUAGAUGCCCAUAAAAUUUUGCACAAAGG